AUGGAAGCCACAGCUUAUGAGCACACCACAGAGACAAGGUCAGGACCUCCACCAAUCAGAGCUCACCCGGAGUAUGUCAGGUCCGUCAAUGGACUCCUGAAGAUUGCAGAGAUUAUCCUAUGCAUCUUGGUGCUGAUUUGUGCAUCGAUUGACUACUGGUACCACCUCGGAGGUGGCUGGGUGCAGUUUGUCUCAGCCUCUGCAAUGAUAACCACCAUUAUCCUGUUCAUCUUCCAUUUCUUCAACGUCCACUCACGCCUGUCAGGACCAUGGAACUUUAUUGAGUUUAUCUACUAUUGUGUAUACGUGGCCUUGUUUGUCAUCGCGGCCAUUGUUGCUGCAGUGCGGGCCCACUUAGCUGCUUCCAUCGGAGCCACUGCUUUCUUCACGUUUGCAGCCCUAAUAGUAUACGCUGUCGAUGCCUACUUCAUGUACAAAGCCUGGCAAACGCUUCAACAUGCUCCAGCGGGUGCUGCUGCUACAACCACCACCACCACCACCACAGUCAGCAGCUAUGAGACCAAGACUCAGUACUGA